AGGCUCGAGCCGCCCGGGACUACCUUUCCUGGCGAUUCCUGACCUCACUUCCAGCGAUUUCCAUCCUGAUUACUUCGUCACAGGGCUGUCCACAUUCGCUGCUAGAGGAGGAAGGGUACCGAUGCCGCUGACCUCACCCCGUCUUCGCGCUCUUGGGUCUCCUGGGGGGCCCUCGUGCCCACGGCGGGACUCGCCUCGAGGUUCUGGUCAGACUUCAGCCCGGGAGGGGUCCGUGGAGCAGCGGCAUCGGCGUCUGUUGGUUUCUUCACGCCAGCGAUCUGCGGCUAUGGCAGUCUCUCCCGCGUCGGCCCGCGCCGCCUUCCUCUCCUCGUUGCUGCUCUCCUGCUUCGGCGUCGCGUGCGCCGAGGACCACGAGCCGCUGCAGAUGGACUGGGUGGACACGGACGGGUCCGCCGUGAGCCUCAGGAUCGAGGACGGGCGCUUGAACCUCUACGGCGACGGCGAGCUGGCCCUGCCAGACGUCAGGUUCACCCAGUUCGUCGGCAGGGACAUGAGCUUCUCCACGCGCGAGGACUUCACGUACAGCGCGGAGUCCACCGCUCCCGACAACGUCGUGGUGACGGGCGUGCAGCGCCUCCUAGAGGUUUUCGAGCAGGCGGCCAGUCACAGGGCGCAGGCCGACGACGCGCAGCAGACGGAGGCGCCGCCUGCUGCGGCCGGCGUGCCGAGCGUGGAGUGGACGGACACGGAGGGCGAUGUCGUCUCCCUCCGCGGCACGGGCGGCUUUGUCGGCCUCUGGGCCAACGGCGAGGAGGUGAUGCCCAACGUCGCGGGCGUGCAGCUGUACAACGAUGGGGCCAGCAUGGAGUUCGUCUCCGGAGAGAUGACGGCGCUGACCGUCGUGCGGGACGCCUCCGACGUCAGGAGGAUCCAGGACUUCCUGACCACUCACGCCCGCGGGACGCCGCCCGGCGGCGGUGCGGCCCCCCAGAGCGCGCAGCAGCAGGCCGCCGCGCUGCAGGCGUUCGAGCAGUUCGUCCAGCAGCAGAAGGAGAGGAGCCGCCAGCGACCCGAGAUCGCUGGCAUCUUCAUCGAGGAUCAAAAAGAUCUCGCGGAGCCGAACGCGGUCGUCACUCAGCACCACGUGCUCCACCUGGGCCGCCGCACCUUUGCGCAGACCGUGCUCCCAUCGACUCGGUACCCCGUUGAGAACUGGGUCGUGAUGUUCUGCUACAGCUGGUACGAGCCGUGCCAAAGCAUUGCGGACCCCUACUCGGCCUGGUCGCGCGAGUGGGAAGGCAAGCUGAACCAGGAUCUGUUCACCACUUCCGUGCGCUUCGCUACGGUAGACUGCGCGACCGACAAGGAGCUCUGUAACGACCAGGAGGUCGAGGGUUAUCCGCAUGUCAAGCAGUAUACUCCGAGGGCGUGGUCGUCGGCAAGUGGACGGGCGGCCGGCAGAACGACGCGCCGCGGCUGGCCAAGUGGCUCGCCAAGCGGCUCGGCGCGGACGCGACGCCCGAGGCGAGCGAGCAGCCGGAGGCCGCCGGAGAGAGCGCCCUGGCCGCGGUGGCCCGGGAGCAGGGCAUCAACGCCCUGCUCGUGCUCGGCGUGUCCGCCCUCGUCUUCCGCGCCGUGUGCCUGGACGCGGAGCUGUGGAAGGGCCCCGCGGCGGCCCCUCACCGAGGAAGAGCCAUAGGGGCAUGCGGCAUCACAUCCUCUUUCGGGGCUCCGCGCGGCUUGCUCGGACCGGCGCUGGGCGCGCCCCCCCCGCGGCGGCGCCUCUGGCGCCGCCCCCGGCGCGCUCCGCACCCUGGGGAGGGGGGGGGGUCCUUCAGUUCGUGAGCGCGGGUCCCAGAAUCAGGAGGGACAAACACACACACACAGACACAAUUCAUCGUCGCUUCCCGGG